UCCGUUUCCAAGGACUGUAACGCCUUCAACCGCCCGCCGUGAUAGAGUGCCCACGACCCUGCCUCGGGAAUCCCGCUCCGCACCGCCCCACCAGACCCGGACUCGGAGCCGCGAGCGGCCCGAGAUGAGCAGCAAUGACUCCUCACUUAUGGCUGGGAUCAUUUACUAUAGCCAGGAAAAGUACUUCCACCACGUGCAGCAGACUGCAGCUGUGGGCCUGGAAAAAUUCAGCAAUGACCCUGUGUUGAAGUUCUUUAAAGCCUAUGGAGUCCUCAAAGAAGAGCACAUCCAGGAUGCCAUCAGUGACCUGGAAAGCAUCAGGCAUCACCCAGACGUGUCCCUGUGCUCCACCAUGGCCCUCAUUUAUGCUCACAAAAGAUGUGAAAUCAUUGACCGAGAAGCAAUUCAGGAGCUUGAGUACAGCCUAAAGGAAAUACGCAAGACAGUCAGUGGGACUGCCCUGUACUAUGCUGGUGUCUUCCUCUGGCUCAUAGGCCACCAUGACAAGGCCAAAGAGUACAUUGACCGCAUGCUGAAGAUCUCUAGAGGCUUCAGAGAGGUACUCACCACACCAUGGGGACAACAGGCGAAGAAAGCAGCACCCAAACACGCCUACGUGCUCAGAGGCUGGGUGGACCUCACCUCAGACAAGCCCCACACUGCGAAGAAAGCCAUUGAGUACCUGGAACAAGGAAUUCAGGACACCAAAGAUGUGCUGGGGCUGAUGGGAAAGGCAAUGUACUUCAUGAUGCAGCAGAACUACUCAGAGGCCCUGGAGGUGGUGAACCAGAUCACUGUGACUUCAGGGAGCUUCCUGCCAGCCCUCGUCCUGAAGAUGCAGCUGUUCUUAGCUCGGCAGGACUGGGAGCAGACAGUAGAAAUGGGACAUAGAAUCCUAGAAAAAGAUGAAAGCAAUAUUGAUGCCUGCCAAAUUCUAGCUGUGCAUGAGCUUGCAAGAGAAGGAAACAUGACCACAGCUACCAAUCAUGUUAGAAAUCUGAUUAAGGCACUAGAGACAAGGGAGCCCGAAAAUCCAAGCCUCCAUCUUAAAAAAAUUCUUGUGGUUAGCCGACUGUGUGGGAGUCACCAGGUGAUUCUAGGACUAGUGUGUAGUUUCAUCGAGCGCACCUUCAUGGCCACCCCCUCCUACAUCCAUGUGGCCACAGAACUGGGCUAUUUCUUCAUCCUGAAGAACCAAGUGAAAGAGGCCUUGCUGUGGUACACAGAAGCCAUGAAACUGGACAAGGAUGGCAUGGCUGGUUUGACAGGGAUCAUCUUGUGUCAUAUCUUAGAAGGCCACCUGGAGGAAGCUGAGCACCAGCUGGAAUUCCUGAAGGAGGUGCAGAAGUCCCUUGGGAAGUCUGAGGUGCUAAUUUUCCUCCAAGCCCUCCUGACGUCUAAGAAGCACAAGGGGGAGCAAGAGACCACAGCGCUCCUGAAGGAGGCAGUGGAGCUUCACUUCUCCAGCAUGCAAGGCCUUCCUCUUGGCUCUGAGUACUUUGAAAAGCUGGACCCCUACUUCCUGGUCUGCAUUGCUAAGGAGUACUUGCUCUUCUGCCCCAAACAGCCCAGGUUACCAGGCCAGAUCGUCUCUCCACUUCUUAAACAAGUCGCCGUGAUCUUGAAUCCUGUAGUCAAAGCAGCACCAGCUCUGAUCGACCCCCUGUAUUUGAUGGCUCAGGUCAGGUAUUACUCAGGAGAGCUAGAGAACGCCCAGAGCAUCUUGCAGCGUUGCCUGGAGCUGGACCCCGCCUCCGUGGACGCUCAUCUCCUCAUGUGUCAGAUCUACUUGGCUCAGGGCAACUUUGGCAUGUGCUUCCACUGCUUAGAGCUGGGUGUCAGCCACAACUUCCAGGUCCGAGAUCACCCCCUCUACCACCUCAUCAAGGCCAGGGCUCUCAACAAGGCUGGAGACUAUCCAGAAGCCAUAAAGACACUGAAAAUGGUCAUCAAAUUGCCGGCUCUGAAGAAGGAAGAAGGCAGGAAGUUCCUCGGGCCCUGUCUGCAGACCAGCCAGCGGGCAUCCAUCUUAUUGGAACUGGUGGAGGCCCUCCGGCUGAAUGGGGAGCUACAUGAGGCCACCAAGGUCAUGCAGGACACCAUCAAUGAGUUUGGCGGCACACCAGAAGAGAACCGCAUCACCAUUGCCAACGUGGACUUGGUCCUGAGCAAGGGUAAUGUGGACGUGGCACUGAACAUGCUAAGGAACAUCUCGCCCAAGCAGUCCUGCUACAUGGAAGCCAGAGAGAAGAUGGCCAACGUCUACCUGCAGACCCUCAGAGACAGGCGCCUCUACAUCAGAUGUUACCGUGAGCUCUGUGAACAUCUGCCUGGCCCCCACACCAGCCUGCUACUGGGCGAUGCUUUAAUGAGCAUUCUGGAGCCCGAGAAGGCCCUGGAGGUCUAUGAUGAGGCCUAUAGACAGAACCCGCACGAUGCCUCCCUGGCCAGCAGAAUUGGGCAAGCUUAUGUGAAGGCCCACCAGUAUACUGAGGCAAUUGAGUAUUAUGAGGCUGCCCAGAAGAUUAAUGGACAGGACUUUCUGUGCUGCGAUCUGGCCGAACUGCUCCUAAAGUUAAAGAAGAUCAAUAAAGCAGAAAAAGUUUUGAAGCAGGCACUGGAACAUGACAUUGUCCAAGACAUCCCAUCCAUGAUGAAUGAUGUUAAGUGCUUGCUUUUGCUGGCAAAGGUUUACGAGAGCCAUAAAAAAGAAGCUGUGAUAGAAACUUUGAACAAGGCCUUGGACCUCCAGUCUCGGAUAUUGAAGCGAGUUCCACUGGAGCAACCAGAAAUGAUCCCCUCCCAGAAGCAACUGGCAGCCUCUAUCUGCAUCCAGUUUGCAGAGCACUACCUGGCAGAGAAAGAGUAUGACAAGGCGGUACGGUCUUAUAAGGAUGUCUUCUCCUACUUGCCCACUGACAAUAAGGUGAUGCUGGAGCUGGCGCAGCUCUACCUGCUCCAGGGGCACCUGGACCUGUGUGAGCAGCACUGUGCCAUCCUCCUGCAGACUGAGCAGAACCAUGAGACUGCUUCUGUGUUGAUGGCUGACCUGAUGUUUAGAAAACAGAAACAUGAAGCGGCCAUCAAUCUUUACCACCAAGUCUUGGAGAAAGUGCCAGCCUGGAGAUUUCUGUCUCUUAUUUUAGACAAUUUUUUGGUAUUGAAUAAAUUAAUUGAUCUGCUAAGAAGAAGUGGUAAACUUGAAGACAUUCCUGCCUUUUUUGAAUUGGCCAAGAAGGUGUCCAGCCGGGUGCCUUUGGAACCAGGGUUCAACUACUGCAGAGGUAUCUACUGCUGGCACAUAGGGCAGCCCAACGAAGCCUUAAAGUUCCUGAACAAGGCACGCAAGGACAGCACUUGGGGCCAGAGCGCCAUCUACCACAUGGUGCAGAUCUGUCUGAAUCCAGACAAUGAGGUUGUGGGCGGAGAGGCUUUUGAGAACCAGGGGGCCGAGAGCAACUACACAGAGAAGAAGGAGUUGGAACAGCAGGGCGUGAGCACCGCCGAGAAACUGCUGCGUGAGUUUUACCCGAAUUCAGCCUCCAGCCAGACCCAGCUGCGGCUGCUGCAGGGCCUCUGCAGGCUGGCCACCAAGGAGAAGGCUAACAUGGAGGCUGCACUGAGCAGCUUCAUCCAGAUAGCGCAGGCUGAGAAGGACAGUGUCCCUGCCUUGCUGGCCUUGGCACAAGCCUAUGUGUUCCUGAAGCAGAUCCCCAAGGCACGUAUGCAGUUGAAGCGCCUGGCCAAGGCCCCCUGGGUGCUGAGUGAGGCUGAGGACUUGGAGAAGAGCUGGCUCCUGCUGGCCGACAUUUACUGCCAGGGCAGCAAGUUUGACCUCGCCUUAGAACUGCUGCGGCGCUGUGUGCAGUACAACAAGUCCUGCUACAAGGCCUAUGAGUACAUGGGCUUCAUCAUGGAGAAGGAGCAGUCCUACAAGGAUGCAGUCACCAACUACAAACUGGCCUGGAAGUACAGUCAUCACGCCAACCCUGCCAUUGGCUUCAGACUUGCUUUCAACUACCUGAAGGACAAGAAAUUUGUGGAGGCCAUCGAAAUCUGCCACGAUGUCCUCAGGGAGCACCCCAACUACCCCAAGAUCAGGGAGGAAAUUUUGGAAAAGGCCCGAAGGUCCCUGAGGCCCUAGCUGGGGUCAAGGGGCCUGCAGUAGAAGCCAUCAACCUACUGAAGUUGUGUGGAGGGAUGGAAAGUGGGUCAGUGGAGAAGGGAUUCAGAAAAUGACACAUUCUUCCCCAUUA